CGGCGCGGCAUUGUGGGUAGGCGGAAAAAGGCUCAAAAAGCUACUCGAAAGCGUUAAGCGCACGUUGUGAAGUAGCUGCAGACGAAAAACCAACAAAGAAGGCAGUUUUCAAGACAAAUUGGAGGAAAUACGGGUGAAAAAUGUCCAUCGGUGUACCAAUCAAGGUCCUGCAUGAAGCAGAGGGACACAUUGUGACCUGCGAGACUAACACUGGAGAGGUGUACAGGGGCAAGCUGAUCGAAGCAGAGGACAACAUGAACUGCCAGAUGUCCAAUAUCACAGUGACUUACCGCGACGGCCGCGUGGCGCAGUUGGAGCAAGUCUACAUCCGUGGCAGCAAGAUCCGCUUUCUGAUCUUACCUGAUAUGUUAAAGAAUGCUCCUAUGUUAAAGAGUAUGAAGAACAAGAACCAGGGAUCAGGAGCUGGAAGAGGAAAGGCAGCUAUUCUUAAAGCACAAGUGGCUGCAAGAGGACGAGGCCGUGGUGGAAUGGGAAGAGGAAACAUCUUCCAGAAAAGGCGAUAACUCGCUCCACUUUGAUGAAGAUUGUCACAUUGUAUAGUGUCUUUUUUUUUUUUUUUUUUUUUAAUUUUUUCCUCUUUGAAUUGGAAUAUGUAGAUGUGGUUUGCAAUCUUUUUGCUCUGCAGUUUAUUGCUGUAAUUUCACUUUUUUAUGAAAAUAAACAUAUUUCAGUUUGA